AUGGCUGUGUCGCCCUUUCUAAAUUUACGGAACCUAGUUUUGAACAAGUGUAAUAAUUUUCUGCUACCAGGAUCAUCACGUGAUACGUGUUACAAAUUUCUUUUGGACGGUUACUUUGUCGGCUUCAUUCAUCCGCUAUUUCUGGAUUGGUUAUUAAAAUACUCCAAAGUGUUUAUUCGUGUUUCUCAUCCUAAAUAUGGUGAUCAUUGUGUUACAAUACAUCAGUCGUUAACGAAUUUAAAUGAUCGUAGUAAUGCAGUUGCUGAAGUAAUGCAAGAUUUACGAACUACAAGUCCAAUAAAAGCUCUUAAAGGAUGGAGGAAUGAAGACUAUGGUGUCUAUAUACGUCAUCGUGAAAAAGCCUUACUACGAAUUGAACGUUCAGCUUCAUGUCUAUUGGGUAUUAUACGAUAUGGUGUACAUGUGAAUGGAUUUUGUUCAAAUCGUAUAAAGAGUUAUAAUGUUAAUAGUAGUAGUAGUAGUAAUGGUAGUUGUAAUAGUAAUAAUAAUAUUAGUCAAAAAUCUAAUCGAACUACCAAUGGAAAUUUACUAAAUGUCAGUAAUGAUUCUAGUCCAUCGAAUCAAAUUGAUCCAGAUAAUGUAUUUAUGUGGCUUGGUUUACGAUCAAUGGAUAAGCCUACAUGGCCUGGAAUGCUUGAUAAUAUGGCUGCUGGUGGUUUAACCUAUGGUUUAGAUGCAAUGGAAUGUGCUCGAAAAGAAUGCCAAGAAGAAGCAAGUGUACCUGAACAUAUGCUGGGAAAAUUAACACUUGUAAAUGAACUCAGCUACAUUUUUGAAGAUGAACGCGGUAUCUGCCCACAAAUUGAAUAUUGUUUCGAUUUAGAAUUACCAUCCGAUUUUAUUCCUGUUGGUUCUGAUGGUGAAGUGGAUAGUUUUCAAUUAGUCAGUAUAUCAGAGCUUAAACAGCUUAUUUUUGAGGAACGUUUCAAAUCGAAUUCAGCUAUGGUUGUUUUGGAUUUUUUGUACAGGCACAAAUUUAUUGAUGAAAAUUCUGAUCCAAGACACGCAGAAAUUCAAUCUAUGAUGCAUGUCAAUCUUCCAUUCGAUUGA